AUGGCCUUUCAUAAAUAUGUGGUUACAGCUCAAAAGCCAACUGCAACCCAAUUUGCUGUAAAGGGAUUGUUCACAUCACCACAUGAAACGAAUCUGAUCUUAGGCAAAGGAACACGUAUUGAAGUAUACACAUUGACAGUAGAUGGUUUAAAACCAACAAUUGAAUUCAGUAUUCAUGGCACUAUCAUUGCCCUGAGACUGUAUACACCUCAGGGUCGAGAUAAAGCAUCCCUCUUCCUCAUCACCUCACGACACAAGUAUUGCGUACUCUCAUUCGACGCAUCGCAGCAGAUCAUCACUGAAUCUACUGGAGAGAUUGGGUUUCCCGGCCAGCCUCGCAGCGAAACGAGUGAUUCGAACCUAGCCAUCGAUCCAUCUUGCAAAUACUUUGCAACAACACUCUACGAAUCGACUGUUACCAUGAUUAUACCAGACUUUUCCAAGUUCAAAGAGCAUGCAACACCACAGCCACUGCGAAAAAUAUCACUUAGAUCAAAAGAAACAAAGCGACGACAGACACACGACACCAUCUAUCAUCCACAGGACUACAUGAACAUCAGCCUGCCAGACAAACACAUUGUCUCACUGGCCUUCUUACAGGACACCCACAUUGAGCCCACAUUACUGAUCUUGUACGAUGAUUCCCUUGGACGCAGAUAUCUUCAGACAUUCACCGUUGACGCAAAGAAUCGACGAUUGGUGCCUGGAAAUAGUGUGAUGGAUCAUUUCGAGCCUGAUGCGAAUACACUGAUUGCAAUGCCUGCUGCUGUAGGUGGUGUCGUUUUGAUUGCUGGAAAAUUCAUACGAUAUCUCAAGCCAAAUCAGCCUCCCGUGGCUAUCGGUAUUCGACCUUCUACCAUCAACAGUUAUUCCAUCAUGAAUGCAGAAGGGUCUCGCAUACUACUAGGCGACACUGAAGGCAUGCUUCAUUUAUUGACAUUGAACAUUCUACAGCACAGGGUGGAUUCGUUGAGCUUUAUUGGAUUAGGCAGCACAUCUAUACCCUCCUGUUUGGUGUAUUUGGACAACGAUGUAGUGUUUGUGGGCUCAACAGUGGGCGACUCCCAAUUGAUCCAUGUUCGACGCACAAACGAUGCAACUGCAGCAGCUGAAAACGGAGACAUUCUAGAAGUCAUUGACGAGUUUCCUAAUCUUGGUCCCAUCACUGAUUUCUGUGUUGCUGAUCUGGACAAACAAGGACAAACGCAGUUAAUCACAUGCUCCGGUGUGGCAAAGGACAGUUCAUUGCGGAUCAUUCGAAAUGGCGUUGGAUUGAAUGAGUUGGCCACUAUUGGUAUCAGUGGUGUAAAACGUGUGUGGGCCUUGCGUCCCUCGUUUCAUGAAAAACAUGAUGACAUGCUGGUAAUCUCUUUUGUCAAUCAGACUCGUUUGUUGGCGUUGCGUGGAAAUACUAUGACGCAACUGGAGACUUACUCGGGCAUCGAUGUCAACAGCAGAACUCUGAUCGCAGUGAAUGUCAAGGAUGAUAUGGUGAUUCAAGUGACGGACAAGAGUGUGAGGCUGAUGGACGCCAAUGGGCAGGGUGGGCUAUUGGAUGAAUGGGUGCCUCAGGACAAUGCACAGAUCACUGUAGCAAGUGUGAAUCCCUCUCAAUGUGUAAUUUCCACAGGCUACAACCGACUUGUGGCACUGCAAAUUAGAGAUAAGCGAUUGGAGCUUCUUGGGACCACCCAGUUACCAGACGAGAUUUCAUGCAUCGAUAUCAGCCCUAUUGAUGCCGAGAAUCCUCUUUGUUCCAGUGUAGUCGCUGUUGGUUUAUGGGAGAACGUGGGCGUGUGUUUGCUGUCGUUACCUGAUCUGCAAGUGAUACAUGAAGAAAAGUUGGCCGGCACUGUCAUGCCUCGAUCCAUUCUCAUGGCCAAAUUCGAGAAUAUAUGCUAUCUACUGGUAGCACUGGGAGACGGGCAAUUCUACAAUUUUAAGCUAGACACGAGAGAGGGUACAUUAUCCGACAAAAAGAGAUCUUUCUUGGGCAAGUUACCCAUCCAUCUCAGCACAUUUACAUCCAACGGCACCACACACGUAUUCGCAGCAUCCGAUAAGCCCAGUGUCAUUCAUAGUCGCAACAAAAAACUUAUUUAUUCCAAUGUCAAUUUGAGGGAAGUGCGAUGUGCCACGUCUUUCAACAGUGUGUCAUUCCCUGAUGCAGUUGCAUUAACGACCAAAGACGGCUUGGUGAUUGGACAGAUGGAAGAAAUUCAAAAAUUGCAUAUUACAAAAAUAUCAACGAGCGAUGCACCCAGACGCAUCACCUAUCAAGAAGCAUCGAGGACAUUUGGCAUUGUCACUGAACAUAUCUCAUCAGAACCGUACACUGCUUCAACGACAACAGGCGGAUUUGAGAUCCUGGACGAUCAGACCUUCAAGCAGUUGGAUAGAAUUUACUUUAAGCAGUUUGAAAGACCAUUGGCAGCUACCUGUAUGACGUUUGAGAAUGACAGCGCUGAAUAUUAUAUUGUGGCAACUGGCAGAGACACAGACGAAUAUGAAAACAAGAGCGUGGGUCGUAUCAUUGUGCUGCAAGUAACCUCUCAGCGCACAUUGAGGUUUGUGACGCAGAUCAAGACAGAUGGCAUGGUGGACUGCAUUAGACCCUUCCAAGGAAGACUGCUAGCCAGCGUCAAAGGCGUGGUGCAUGUUUACAGAUGGGAAGAGACAGGCACUCUGGUCUCCACAUGCCAAAAGCAACUCCCAUCCAUCACAGAGACCAUGACAACACUGAAUGAUUUGAUCAUCACUGGCGACAUGGCAUACUCGAUUGUUGUAUUACGCUAUGACAGUAAAUCAGACACAUUGACAGAAGUAGCAGCGCAUGAGAAACUCAAAGAGGUCUUGGCUAUCGAAGCUGCUGACGAGAAUGUCUAUGUUGCUGCUGAAAGACACGGUCAUUUGUUUGUGGUAGAAAAGUGUGUAGACGAGAGCAUGAACGAUGAGCCACUGCUAGAAACUGUCAGUGUGUGGCACUUGGGAGAUACUGUGCGUAAAUUUCGCUUUGGCUCCCUGGGAAUGAACAAUGCAGAUCCUGAUCGCAAGCCAGAAGCACCUACACUCAUCUUUGCUACGGCGAGUGGUGCUAUUGGGCUGAUCGCUGAUUUGACAGCGGAUCGAUUCAAAUUACUGGACCAAAUGCAAUACAACAUGAUGCGUGUAGUCAAGAGUAUAGGUGACCUCAGUCAUAUAGACUGGAGAAGUGUUUCCAUCAUGGACAGAAAAGACGAGGCUGUCAAUUUCAUUGACGGCGAUCUCAUUGAGAGCUUCUUGGAUUUGACACCGCAACAAAUGCAGGCAGUCGUAGAUGGUCUUCACGGAGGACGCAAGUUGGACAAAUCAGUGGAAGAUCUGUGUAAAGUGGUAGAAGAAUUAAUGAGCGCACAUCCUUAA